CCUGAGGAAGAGCUUGAUCCUGAAGAGAGGGACAACUUCCUCCAACAGCUUUACAAGUUUAUGGAAGACAGAGGUACUCCUAUCAAUAAACCACCUGUUCUGGGCUACAAGGACCUUAAUCUCUUCAAACUUUUUAGACUGGUAUAUCAGCAGGGUGGGUGUGACAAUAUUGAGAGUGGUGCUGUAUGGAAGCAAAUUUAUAUGGACCUUGGCAUUCCUAUUUUGAACUCGGCUGCUUCUUACAAUGUAAAAACUGCUUAUAGAAAGUAUCUUUAUGGUUUUGAAGAGUACUGCCGUUCUGCAAACAUUCAGUUCAGGACCAUCCAUCACAAUGAACCAAAAGUAGUAGAAGAUAUACAGAAACACGUGGAACCAAUGGAGGAAAGUGUAAAAGAGGAACAAAAAAUGCCCCCAACAGAAGUUAAAAAAGAAGCAGAAGAAAAUUAUUCCAGCAGUGAAAGUGAAAAAGAAGAAAUAGAACUAAGAUCCCCUAGGGGACGAAGAAGACUUGCCCGUGAUGCAACCCCUGCUAAAAAAGAUAGUGAAGAGGAUAAAACACCAGACAAACUAAAAGACAGUAACAAAGAAAACAAAGAUCUAGAGGAAACACCUGAGAAUGCAGAAAAGAAAGAAAAUGAAACUCCACUAGGGAGAAAAAUUACACCAAAGCAAAAGGAGAAAAAAAUCAAAAAACAGGAGGAUUCUGACAAAGAGUCAGAUGAAGAGGAAGAGAGGCAGAGGGAGAGGGAGGAAAUUGAGAACAAAGGAGAGUCAGAAGGUGAAGAGGAUGAGGAGGAUACAGAGCCCUGCCUGACUGGAACCAAAGUGAAAGUAAAAUACGGUCGUGGAAAGACUCAGAAAAUCUAUGAAGCCAGUAUUAAAAGCACAGAGAUUGAUGAUGGAGAAGUUUUAUAUUUAGUUCAUUAUUACGGCUGGAAUGUAAGAUAUGAUGAGUGGGUGAAAGCUGAUCGGAUUAUCUGGCCUGUGGACAAAGGAGGACCAAAGAGAAAACAGAAGAAAAAAACAAAAAACAAAGAAGAUGGUGAAAAGGAUGAGAAGAAGGAUGAGGAGAAGCAAAAAUCAAAGCGUGGGCGACCCCCUCUGAAAUCCACCCUUCCAUCAAACACGUCGUGUGGUUUACCCAAAACGCCCAAUAGCGAAGGUAAAUCGGGAGCCAGGAGUGCAAGGAACAACUUGUCAGAUUCCUCACCCUUACCAAAUGGAACAGAAGACUUUGGAUCUUCUGACAGUGAAGCAGAUGAGUCAUCUGAAAAGAAUUUGAAUGAAGAAUUUUCUCCGGAAACUUCAGAACUGGAAAAAAGUGAAAAACUACAUGAUGAGAAGCUAGAUGAAGAAAACCCAAAGAUUCCUCAUGCAUUGAAAGAAAAUGACAGGACUCAAGUACAGCCACUAGAAACACUGAAACUGGAAGUUGAAGAAAUUGAACAAAUUGUUCAGAUUUUUGGAAAUAAAGCGGAACAAAUAGAAGAAAUCAAAAGAGAGGCUGAAAAAUCACCUAAAGGAAAAGGGAGAAGGAGCAAGACAAAAGAUGCCGCUUUAGAGAAUGCAAAGAUUUCACCAGGAAGCCAAGAAGAGGUGGCAAAUGAGUCUCUUACAGAACCUGAAAGAUUAGAUGUAUCUUCCUUGGACUGUAAAGAAAUUUCCAGCACUACUGAAAGUGAAACAGAACCUUCUACAAAAGAUAAGAAGCUUUUGAAAAGGAAAACUUUGGAACAGGCGUCGCCCGAGAAGAGAAAUCGGCGCGAGAGUGAGAUGGAAGUGCCAAAUAUUGUAUCUGAAGAGAGGACCAAUGAAUGUACUGGAGCAGAAGAAUGUAGGGGGCUGAAUGCUGAAAAGUCCCACAGAACUGAAAAUGAGGAAAUGCCAUCCCUGGUGGCAGAAUCUGUCCAGCAUGGUCAAGAGCUGAGGAAUGAGAACUUCGAACGUCCAUCUGAAGAAAACGAGAACGCUCCCUUAAAAGACGAAGACGAUGCCAUGCCUCAGAUCGGCCCCGAAACUUUGCUGUGCCAUGAAGUAGACUUGGAUGACUUGGAUGAGAAGGAGAAGAGCAGUAGUGAAGACACGCUAUCAGAAAAGCCAGACCCUAAUGCUUCAAAUUCAGCCUCGUCUGCCUUACCCCCCACCGUCCAGGGGAGCUUCUCGGCGGCCUCGCCGCUGGCGCUCAGCCAGGACGAGUCGCGCAGCGUCAAGAGCGAGAGCGACAUGACCAUCGAGGUUGACAGCGUGGCAGAAGAGUCCCAAGAAGGGCUCUGUGAAAGUGAGUCUGCUAAUGGAUUUGAAGCCAGUACCACGUCAAGCAAUUGUAGCAUAGCUGCGCAAGAGAGAGAGAUGGGAGAGAAAGGUCAAAAAAGACCCAGUGACAGCAAUAGUGGAACACUGGCAAAAAAACAAAAGCGUACUCCAAAGAGAACAAGUGCUGCAGCCAAAAAUGAAAAGAAUGGAACAGGACAAAGCAGUGACAGUGAAGACCUUCCUGUCCUGGACAGUUCCAGUAAAUGUACUCCUGUAAAACACAUAAAUGCAUCCAAACCACAGAAGAUUUCUCGAUCACCUGCAAGAGGGAUUUCACCUCACAUCAAAGAUGGAGAGAAGGAUAAACACAGAGAGAAACACCACCACCAGAAUGCUUCUCCUAGAGUAUACAAAUGGAGUUUUCAGCUCAAUGAGCUAGACAAUAUGAGCAGCACUGAAAGGAUCUCCUUCUUACAAGAAAAACUACAGGAAAUACGAAAAUACUACAUGUCCUUGAAGUCUGAAGUAGCAACCAUAGACAGGAGAAGAAAACGAUUAAAAAAGAAGGACAGAGAAGUGUCACAUACAGGAGCAUCCAUGUCAUCUGCUUCUUCAGACACUGGAAUGAGUCCAUCAUCAUCUUCUCCUCCACAAAACGUGCUUGCUGUAGAAUGCAGGUGAUAAACGUUUCUCUGCCUUGCCAGCAACUUGCUGCCAUGGACAUAAAUCCUGAAAUUCAACCACAGAAAGCACUCAACUGGUUUGACAUUGCCAAGUAUAUUCUGUACACACUUCCACUGCUGGACUGUACCUGUUCUCCCCUCCUCCCCUCUUCUUUGGUUUAAUUUACUGUUCAGAGGAUUUAAGCUCGUUGGUAACUGAAGGUUGUAGGCACAAUGUGACAUGCUCCUCAUUGUGUUUGUCUUCGUUUGGUUUGGUUUUAAUUAUUUUUUUUUUUAUUAACGCAGAGAAAGGGCACUUAUCCAAUUUGAAACCUUAUGUCCAGUGAAGCAUUCAGGUGUUCUAGGGAGAUCUUAGAAAAGCAAGUGCACCAAGCAGACAUCAGAGUGUUACCCAAACAGAAUUGCCACUGCUGCACUUUCAGCGAGCUGUCCAUUAACUCUGGGUGAGUAGUUCCUCUUUGUGGAAGCACUUGCUAUACAGAACUGCCAAAGUGGGUGUUCAGUGCUGUGCCCAGUUCUAAAGGUGUAAAUGGGACAAAAUAAAUUGUGAAAGGAAGUGUAGUUGACUGAAAACUACAGUUGUAAUAAGUCUUCCACUUUUUAUAGGAUUUUUGAGCACACAAUUAUGCAAAUAUUUUAAUGUUUAUUAAUGUUUACAGUGGAAUUGUGAAUAGGUUUUCAGUGGACUAUCUUAUCCCUUGACAAAAAUAUUUUGUCUUUUUUCUAUGUAAUUUCAGAGUUUUUAUUUUGUUACAAAAAGACGAAAAAUGAAAUAUAUAACAACAGUGAAGUUAUUUAACAAGAUUUCUAAAGCUGAAAUUUUUGUGUAAAAUAAGGUAUCUUGCAACUUGUUAAAUAUAUUUAUUCAGACAUUGGAUGUUGUAUUUUUAUGUAUUUUUUAAAAUAUUAAUAAAAUUGGAAAAAAAAAAUAAAAAAAAGAAAUUCUAGGUUAGUUCACUCUUUGGAUUGAAACAUAACUUAGCAGUUAAGGCUCUUAGGGAGGCUCUGUCCAGUAGCCGCGCCUGUAUUUCACAUGGGUCUGUCUACGUCUCCUCCACAACAGCAAUCUCUAAGCGGGCAUCUGGAUCCAACCAUGACUUUAUUUGGAAACUUUGGCAGUCCUAGUACCAAAACCUUAUUUUGAGGAACAAAAUUUGUUGGGUUGCCCUUGAGAUACUUUUUGUCACCAGUUCUUACGUUGGCGAUGCUGCCGAAUGAAUUUACAUCUCCCGAAGCUGAGAUGCAACCACAAAGUAAAGCAACUGUGUGUGCUUCGCCUGUGGAUUGUCCCACAGACCGAUGCAGCCUGUAAAUAACUCUUCCAAAACCAUGUAUUUAAAGCAGUUUGCCUAUACAUUAUGUAUAAAAGUGAUUUUUUUUAUCAAUUUUUUUAUUCAUGUUUGUACAUUGAAAGGGGUUCUUACCCCCUCCUUCUGUGUUUAAUAUGCUGUAGAGUAAUAACAUAGAUGCUCUAGACUGUAUAUCAGGAUUUUCUGGUUCACCCGGCAGAAGGUCAGAACAAAACACUAGUGAUGGCGUAGCAUUACUAAAAUUGAUGUUUCUUGAAACUUCAUUUUACAACAUUUGUCAACUUGUGAUUCCAAUUCCUUUCAUUUUUGCAGAAAAUUAAAAGAAAAAGUACUCUUGUAAAUGCACUUUUUCUGUCUUUUCUUAAGCAAAGCAGAACUAUUUCAAUGUAAGAUACAUAUGGAGCUCACUAGACAGCAUUAAUAAAGGCCAUGUUUUAAACAUAGGCUUUAUAUUCUAUUUUUAUUUAAGUGAUUGUUCUUGUAAAUGUCUAGACUUGCCUAAAUAGGAAAAAUUAAUCUCCAUAAAUUGAUGUAAAGACUUUUUUUCAGAGCUAACUUUUACUGUUCAUCUUAUAAUAGCU